GUGAAACAGAAAAAUGUGUUCUAAGCCUGAUUUUUGAUGGAGGAAGUUACGAAGUUGAGAGUGGUAGGAUUAAGACUUUCAAAGGUUCAAUGAACAAGAAGAUUGUGCACUUGGUUGAUAUUGAUAUCUGCAACGCCAAGAGCAUUCUUCGAUGGGAAAAACUGACUCCUGGGCCUCAUGUUCUUGCAUUUACUCUACAUGAUGACAAAUUCACAGACCAAACCAAAGAGAUUCUUGAAAAUUUGGAAUUUCUUGGAGAGAAAUUCUGGAAUCAUGUCGUCGUAGUAUGUUGUAGCUCAGAUGCAGUUGUAGCUCAGAGAAGCAUAUUGGAGUGGCUUCUUGAAAAAUGUGGACACAAAUGCUACAUUUGUGGCUCUGCACCAGAAACUACAGAGAGGAGGGAGCUUUCAGACAGGAUACAGAUGAUGAUCAGGAGUAAUAAUUCAAUGCAUCUGGUAUUACCAGACAUUUCAGAUGGAGAUUCUCAAUCCCCUUCAGGCAUUUUAAGGAGGCUAGAUCUGAAAGAUUAUUUGUUCACUCCCGAGGUCAUCAUUCAAGAGGGGCAAAGGAAAUACAGGUUACAGUGCAGCCAUGCAGGCUGGUUCCAUUGUGAGUUUACACAGAUUGGUUUCAACAUGGAGGGGGAAGGAGAGGUGCUGUACAGCACCGUUCUUCAGGACAACGACUGUCCAGUCCCUGCCAACUAUUCCCAAGCAGGACCUGUGUAUGAUAUCAAAUGUGUUCAGGGUGAGCUGUCUCAACUCAGACUACCUCACUGUGAGACCUCCAUUGGACACAAAACUUCAUUGCACGAAGAAGUGGAAGCAUUACUAUCCAACAUUUGAUAUAAAGUUGCCAGAUGGUGUGAUGGAUGUGGGUUUACACCUCAAAAAGGAAAACCCCAAGGAAGGAAAGGUUGAAGUUGUAUGGAGCCGUGACAUAACACUGACAGACUAUACAGCAGAAAACAGCAGACUGAGCCUAUGAACAGAUGAGCGGUGUAAGCACAUAACCUAAUAACAAUCUUAGAUUUACAUUUGAAUCAGCUAGUAGCCUGUUUUAGAAUAGUAGUGGAACAAAUGAUUAGCUUCUAUUUUCUCUCAGAAACAUUUUAAUAUAUUGUAUAAAUUAAAUGUGUUGAUGACUACAGGUGUAUCCUUUCUGAAAACAACAAAGCUGAGCUUAUCCAAAGAGUGAGAAAUGUUAAUGUCAUUUUAGAUCACCUUGGUGACAUUAAUGCAAAUGAACAGGUAAAUAAAAUCAGAGCAAUGGCAACAUCUCUGGAAAAAAUGAGGAUCAUCUUUGAGAUCAUAGAAGGACAAGGUCUUUCGUCAGAAUGGAAGUUUUUCAACUUGCGUUAGAAGGCAGAACCAACUCUUAUGAAAGAUAUGAUUACAGACAACAACUAAGGCCACUAAUGCAUGUGAGAUGAACAAUAGAAAAACCGAUCAGAAUAAAAAUGUUUUAAUUUGUUAUUUUCAAACUCUUGCUAUAAUACUAUAUGUCAAAGCAUGUGAUAUUGACCAGAGUAUCUGACCGUCUUUUAAUAUUUUUUGAGCUGUACUGCUUCUGCUAUAGUGAAAUGUGAAAAUGUUUUGUGAUUCAAUGGGUUUGUCCAAUUUACGAUCACCUGUAAGGUAAAUAAUAGAAGUAGAAGUGACAUUUAGAAUAUAAUAUCUUUUAUUUCCUAUUUCACUUCAAUAUAAAGAGGUGCUGUACGGUAGAUUAUCUUCAAAUUA